AUGAAAAAUUAUAUUUACGAUUGCAGAAAUGAAUAUGAACAGAAAAACUCAGAUAAUUUAGAGAAUGUUAUUGAAGGGGUUGGGAAUGUGUUUGUUCGUUGUGAUGGUAAUCCAAACCAAAUUUGUAAAGUUGAAAAUAAAGAAGCAAUGAUACAUCAAAAAAAAUAUGUCUAUCCCAUGAUUAAUGAUAAUGAAGAUAGAAAAGAAAAGUAUAGUAGUGAUAAACAAGGUAAGCCAGACAAAAAUGUGUUUCACAUUUUUUGCAAAAAAUAUACAAAAGCAUUUGUUCAUAAGCCAAGAUAUUUAAUACUGGGUUUAAUUAUAGGAUGUUUGAUGUCUAUGUUAAUGUUUUUUUCUGUAUAUAAUCAUUUUUUCCAAUUAUGUGAUAAAAAAUAUAGUAUUGAAAAUAAGAAUGGGAAUGAUUGCAGUUAUUUUGGGUGGUUUUCUAAAUAUAUAGAUAAAAACAAUUUUCUUAAAAUGAAUAUAGAAAAAAGUGAAAACGUAAUUAUUAAAUCUAGUGAUGAGGUUGGGAAAAGUGUAGAUGAUUUUUUAAAAAAUUAUAAGAAAGAAAAAACAGCAUCUCUACUAUUUUACAUUGAUAAAAAUGGUACCGAUUUGUCUGAAAAUAAAAAUAUAUUAAAUUAUGAAAUAUUGAAGGAUAUAUUUUUUUUGAUUGAAUAUUUUAAACAAAUAAAAAUAAAAAAUAAUAAAGCAUGGAAAGAUAUAUGUAGACAAUUUGACAUCCCAUUUAAUGGAUCAAAAUGUUUUGUGUUAGGUCUUUUUACAUUUCAUGAAAUACAAGCUGGAUUUUAUGACUCAGAAAAUAAUCUAGAAAAAUAUUUUAAUAGUAUAAUUACAAAAGAUAAUAAAUCACCAAAACGAUAUUUUUCUAAUUGUGUAAAAUUUAUUCCACACUUUUUAUAUUAUCCCCAUAUAUUUAAUAAAAAAAAUCUGAACGUAAAUAAUAUAAUAUUAGAUAUAGGGAAAAAUGUUGAAGCACUUUUAUUUGUUUUUAAUUUUGAUGAAAAUGUUGAUGAAGACUUGUUAAAUGAAUGGUUUCAUGAGUUAAACAAUAUAGUAGAAAUAGUUAAUUCCGGAAAAUUGAAGGAGCUGAGAAUGGCUAAUCAAGACAACACGAGUUUUGUAUAUAAGUUAGAAAAGAAUAGUAAGUUAGGUGUAGAAAAUAAUAACAAAACGGAUGGUAAUGAAAAGGAAAACGAUUGGAAGGUUGCAGUUGUUAAUAGUAAAAUUGUUGAAGAAAGUGAAAUGAUGUCUAUUAUUUCAGGACUUAAAUCAAAUUAUUUAUUUAUAAUAUUAUCAUAUUUAUUUAUAAUAUAUUAUAUAAACUCAUUCACAUCAAAUAUGAAUAUAAAACAAAAAAAUAAAAUUAUUAUUAUUAUGAGUAUAUAUGGGUUGUCGUUAUUUUCUUUUAGUACAAGUUUUUUUUUACAUAUACUAUUUAGAUUAUAUAUAUUAAAAAUAUAUUUAUUAAAUUAUAUUUUGGUGUUUUUCUUGAGUUUUAUAUUUUGUUGUAUUAAUAUUUUUUAUUAUGAAAAGGAACAAAAAAAGAAAAAUGAAGAUAUGACAAAGUCUAUACAAAAAUUGGGUGAUAAAAAUGGUGCAGAAGAAUGUUGCAAAAUAAAUAUGAGCAAAUAUAAUUUUAGAGCAAGCUAUAAAUCAUUAAUAUUAGUUUCUAAAAUAGUUUUAGUGCUUAUAAUAAUAUAUUUAAUUGGUUUAACAUGUUCCUAUAAAAUUGUUAAUAAAUUUUCUGUAAAUUCAUUGAUUAAUCUGGUUAGUUUAUUUUUUUUUUAUGCCUUAUUUUUUAAUAAUAUUUUCUCAAUGAUGAUCUAUACAAGAGAGACAACCAUUUUCAUUGACAAAGAUAAGCAUACCGAGGUAUCUCCAAACAGUUCAAACAAAAUUACUCAAGUAAAAGACAAGUAUAUACCAGAAUUGGCUAGUCCACACAUUAAUAAUAGUAGUAACAAUAAUAAUAGUAUUAACAAUAAUAAUAGUAAUAAUUUUGUUAUUUCAAAUAUUUGGGAAAAUCCAAACAAUAAUUCAGAAAUCGUUGGCAAUACAACUGAAUUAUAUGCACACAACGAUAAUAUAAUAGCUAGAAAUUAUGUACAAAAUUAUAUGAACGGAAAUAUAGAAAAUGGGCCUAAACUGAAUGACGGUUCGAAUUUUGUAUAUGCCUCUAACUUAGUGCCAGAUUUCAAUGGGGGUGAUCAGAAAAUUUGUGAGAAAAAAGAAAAAAGUAUCGAAGAAAAAAUAAUGCAAAUAUAUAAAAGUUCUUAUACUAAAAAAGUAAUAGCAAUUGUAACAUUUUGGUCGCUUUUAUUUGUUUCAUUAUUUUUAUAUAUGAUUAUUAAACAUAAUAUAAUAUUUGAUCCAUAUAAAUAUAUAAACCGAGAUUCUAGAUUGAAAGAUUUUUUGUUUACGUUUGAAAAAAAAGCUAGUUAUAUAUUGGAGCCUGGAUAUAUUGUUUUACCAUCGUCUAAUGAAUUUGAUUAUGAGGUUGAAGAAAAUAGAGAUAAAAUUAUAAACUUAAUUGAUAGACUAAAAGAUGAAGGAUAUAUUAAUGAGCCAAUUAUUUCAUGGGUUCAUGGAUUUAAGUUAAGCCAAAAUAUUUGUGGAAAUAUAAACCCAUUAGAUAAACAAUAUAAUUUAGAUAAUUAUGUAAAACAAUGUAAUCAUAUUAUUUCACAAAAAGAAAAUAAGAAAUUGCAUUUUGAAGAUUUAAAACUUAUUUUUUGUCAAAAUAAAGAAGAUUUAUGUACAAAUUUUUAUAAACUUAUUUAUUUUUGGAUGCAUUUGAAAGAUGAUGGAAUAUAUGACAAUCAUUUUGUUCGAAUUCGGACAAUGUUUCAAAAUAAUAUGAAUAAAUUAUUGCCUCAAUUUUAUACAAUAACUCCACAUUUAUUCUAUAAAAAUUUUAUAGUGAUGGAUCCGUCUCAUAACAUAACGAGUAGCAGGAUCGGAUUUAUGCUUCACAAUUAUCCAACAGAUCAAGAUAAAAAUAUAGAAUUAUUUAAAAAAAUAGACAAAAUUGUAAAAAGUAGCAAUGUAAAAAAUAUGUACUUUUACUCAGAUACAUAUAUAUUAUAUAACCAAGCUAUAAAUUUUUAUAAGGAAUAUAAAUCAAUGAUCAUAUUAUAUUUUUUGUUAAUAUUUAUACUAAUAUAUUUAUUUAAUAUAUUGAGUAUAAUAAUAAUAUUUAAGUUUUGGUUAUGUACCAUAUUAAGUGCAUUAUAUUUUAUCCAUUGUUUUAAUAUAAAUACAGAUUCAAUAAGUAUCAUAUUAUUGGUCCUAAGUUCCGUAAUAUCUAUGUCUCACUAUUUAUAUUCGACCCUUUUUUUUAAAGAAAUAAUUAUAAAGAAUAAAAGUUAUAAGCUACAGAUAUGUAAGUCUCUACCUUAUUUUAUAUUCCUGGCAUUGUGUAAGUUUAGCGGAAAAGAGAAACAUAAAAAUGUUUAUCAAAUAAGUUUUCGUUUCAAUGAUUAUGUGUCCAAUGUUUUUAGGUUUUUAAUUUUAAAUCAUUUAUUUUGGUUUUUAUUUUAUUGCCUAAUAAUAUUUUUUAUGCAAAAGGCACACAAAAAUAGAGAGCGUUACAACUGCAUUGGUCAGUCAUAA